AUCCGCGGAGUGAUCGUAGCUUGUCAGAGCCAUGGUCAGAGCGCUGAGAGGCAGUGAACAGCAGAGGUCUAACGUUAGCUCAGCUACUCAUUAGGACAGGAAGACAUUGAGCUGUGAAGACGGUUUGUUGGAAACAUUUCUGCAAGCAAAUGUUAACUUUCGGAUAAUACAGUUUGCUAGACUGUCUAGCGUUUCGGGGGGCUAGCUUUCUGUUUACCAAGUGGUGUUCUGCGGUGGAAAUAGCAAAAAUGUCGUCUCCAAGUCCGGGUAAAAGGCGAAUGGAUACCGAUGUGGUGAAACUGUAUCCUUUCUGAACAUAAACAACAGUCUCUCAAUCGCCAGUUCUGCUGAGAUGUAUGUGGGAAUGUAAUAGGAGCUGGCACUAUUUAUUGAUGCUGCUUGUUUGUCUGCGUGACCCAAAGCAGAAAUAGCUUUCAUUGUGAAUGACUGAUGUUUUUGUGUAAACAACAUUUUGCUAGCAAAGCCAAGUGUUAGCUAUUUCUGUCCCCUGCGAACCUUCACUCGCCUAUCGGGACAACUAUAUUAGCUAAAUCAGAUUCCUCUGAUGUCCUUUUUGGUGUUCUCCAAACUCUGUGUAUCAGUUACUGUAUCGUUUUGGUGUCUACAUUUAACGGCCGAACAGACGCUAACGUUACUCUGCUUUUCCAGGAAUGUCUUUCAUCUUGUUGCUCCACCAGUAGACCUGGCGGCAGGAGAAUAUAUUAAAUCCUCAUAGUAAUGUAGUUUCUUUGUCCGGCUUGCUGUUUACAGGAGGGAUAAGUCAAACUGCCCCCUUUUACACGUUGACACAGGGGCUUGUUUACAUAACGUAAGGCUAACGUCAACUGAAAACGCUGCUGUCUUUUGUCCUCCUCUCGUUAACAUGUUGGCGUUGUUGCAUCGUUUAUGAUGGCUCUCUCGGUCUUUUAUGGCUCUGAUCCACCACCACACGGAGUCUUUGUUUAAUUGUGUUAUUAUUACAUCUUGAAAUGCUGCCUUGUAAUGCUACUGAGCUGGCUGCCUAGUCUGCUGGUUAAUUUCAACAUCAAAAUGGCCACCUGAUCUGUGUGUCUCACUGUACUUCUGUGUCUGCAGGCACAAAUAAGGAAGCCUAACUUGUGUCAUUUUAAUAUAGGUUGUGAUGUGUUUUUUAGUGAGUAAUGGUUAGUGUAAGUGGACAUUACAGCUGUUUGCCAAGUGUUAGAGCAGGUGUCAUGUGCCUGCUGUCGGAAUGCCUGAACUUUUAGGCUCUAUCUAGUGGCUUCUGUUUUUCAAGUCGUUGUCACCAUGUUUACUUUUGAACAGCUGAUUCAUUUGUUCAACUCCACUCGGGGCUGACAUGGGGAUGUCCAAAACGAGCAACCAUGACAGCAUAAAACUGGCUCAUACAAUGUUCUAGCACAGCAGUGUGAACAAGUAGUUUUGUUUUUGUCCUAGCUCUCUGGAAACCAGCUUAAUGAUUGGGUAGUCUGUUACUAGCCGGAAACCACAGGAGGGAGGGACUUGAAACAGCUGAUGGGAUGGCAGCACAGCUUAGUCAAAUAUGGGGCUAAAACUGAGCUAGUCUAAACCAACCCAAAACAAGAGGUUGUCCCAACUAGGUCAGCUCAAAGUUUAAAAUAAGAGGUAUAAAAAUCUUGGUAGUUUAAACUUUUGAAGUUUUGAAUAAAUUAAAAAAUUACUGAUUUGUGCAACACUUAAUCUAAAUUUCAUAACACAUCCUGUCUCUUACCGUCACAUCAGAGUUAGAGUAUCAGAGGUCUAUAGAUACUGCAUGUGGCCACAGUAUGUUAAUAUACUAUCAACAAAGAGGCAGCAGCUAGCUACAUUUCUCUUAUUAUGGCCUUGUGCCUGAGGUGUUUUGUUACCAUGCUUGCUUGUAUAAAUUUAUGCUCCCCCUUCCCAACUCUACUCUGCGUAUGUAUAGUCAAUAGCUGCCAUGGAGUGGAUAGUGAAGAGUUUUAAGGGUUGCAGGGGACAUGGCAAUAGCACUGCACUCCUCUCAUACUUGAUCUGCUUGACUGACAGGCAAGAGCAGGUUUGCUGUGUGCCACCUGCUCUGUUCCCUAUAAUGACCUGUGUGUGUUUUAUGAUACCAUGUGUGAGCACUGGUCAGCAAGUGUUACGGACAACAUAUAUAUGAGUGUUUCAGUGUGUUCCUAUGGUACUGAGAUUUAUGGUCUUACGUAUCACAUGGGUCCACUGCUGACUAGGCUGUCUUGUUGGGUUAGAGAAGGUAUGGCUCCCGGUUACUGGUAUGGAAAACAGUUCCUUCCUUCUGUUUGUGUCCCCAGAGCAAAACUAGCCUUAACAACCUGCUCUCUGUGCUCCCUAUCCUCGCAGUCUCCCUGUGGUGAAACUUAAACCCGAAACUCACACCGCCUUUUAGACAGGAGCUGCCUCUUUCUUAUGGGCUGACACUGUGAGCCCUCACGCAUUAAUUUGCCACAGCCACCGGAGAGCUGAGAAUCUGGAGCGGGGGCCAUUAGGGAAUUCAUGAAAAUGAAUGUCAGAAUGACCUCAGCAUGUAGUAUCACUGGGUUUAAGCUUUGUCCUAAGCCAGGCCAAUAGAUGCCAGCCUGCUUUCUCGCACAAAUGUGCAUUCUUUGAGUGUGCAUGCCAAUGAUCUGAACUCUGUGUACUGCUUGAUGAAACACAGUCAUAGAGGAGUCCUUGGUUUACACUGACUUUUACUGUAACUUACAGUGCGAUCCUUAUCUUCCCAUCUUGCAGCCUUGUACCCCAAAAACAAGAGUCAGCUAUUUUAAUGUCUACUUCUUGCCACACCGGACACCUAAACCUUGAAUGACUUUUUUUCACCCUGUGAUCUGCAUAACUUUUGGCCACUAGCUGUUCAGUCCCGAUUCUUAACAUGCUUCUUUCAUCUUGGAACAUGCUGUUCUUGAGCAAGAGUCCAAGAGUGUGUCAUUUCAAAGAGCUUUACAUUCAGCCUGUUGUGUGGGGUUGACUGCUCACACUGUGUAGGUAGUUGUGCUAUUAUUUGCAUGUAUUCAUCAGUGGUCUACUCGCUUUACAAACGCUUUCAAGCAGUAAGCUGCUGGAAUUUGAGCAAAGGUAGAUUACAAAGGACUAAGCCUAUUUUGAAUGCUAACACAAGCUCUUGUAGUGUCUGGCCCUAUGGAUGUCAAUGCAGAGAAUGGGAGAGAAAAAAAAGGCAGGGCAUAGGAUAAUCUGUACAACAGUUGAUAUUCAGUGAAGAAUUACCUGAAGAACAUGUUUGCACCAGUGUUAUCAUGUUGUUUUUUCUCUUGUAACAGCUGUGGAUACUACUCGUUUUGUGUGUAGUGGAUCUUUGAUAGGCACCCUGCCAGUAAUGGGUUGUUCGAAUCAAAGAGCAGUGUUUGUGACUUUCUCUCACAUUAGGGAACCUCUUUGGAACGGCACUUGUUGAAGGCACUGCUGAGGGCAUCGGCCACAUGAAGUGUUUAUUUUUGUGAUAGCACCAGCCUGAAGGACUAGUGGUGUAUGUUUGUUUAUAUAUGAAAUCUCAUUACAUCAGAGUGGAUGUCCACACAUUUUUAUGUAAAGAGAACAGCAGCCCAGGUGUACCUUUCUACAUUUACAAUUGCUGCCGGAAGGUCUGAAAGUGAUUGGAUAGCAGUCCUGUGAAGCAUGGCGGCUGAUGAAUUAUAUUGGAGACCGUGGAGAGUUGUGUAGGGAGGAGGGGGGCUGCAUGCUUGGUCAGUCUCGGUAUCCAUCAUGAUACCUGGAGUCAGUGUAUGUAGGUUUCUCCGUUAUUUCAUCAAAAGACACAUCUGUGUGCCUCAUCUUUCACCUUUCAAGGUGAGUUUGCAUUUUCAGAUUUACUCCAGGGUUCCUUUUGUUUCCCUGAGGUGACAGCUGAGGCAGGUCCUCAGUAAUCCUGAUUUAUUCAGUUAUCCACAUUCAGGGGGGCAGAAUUCUAGGGUCCAUGUCAACCUCCUCCCUCUUUUUUUUCAAAAUUUUAUUUAAAUGUCCUCUUGCUCCACAUUCCACCACCCUCCCUGAGCAGAAUACCAAUCCUGAGCUUUAUCUGCUCCCUGCUUGGUGUUUCGGCUCCAUUGUGCACUUGUAACAUGACAUCCGGACAGCAUCGGCAGUGGAAGCUUUUGUGUUUUCCCGUUUACAGAAGACCUUGUGACCUCCACCUCCCGCUGCUGUGUCAGACCAUGUCACACAGUCACAGGCGGCUAAUCUGCACCGAGCGUUGUUGCGGGGACUGAAGCAACUAGAUGCAUUUGACUGUGAGGAAGGAGCCAGCAGUUUUCUGCCUGUUCCUGACUGAGGGGGUGAUUGAAUGAAUGGGAGCACGAUGAAACCCAUGACGGGAAUGGGGAAAGCUCUGGUCUGAUGACUAAGUCUCGUGAACUGACAACAUGCUUUGUCAUUACAGGGGAAUAAAAAUAACUUUACAGCAGUAAACGCAAAGAAAUAAGCUAAUACGCUAUCAGGAGAGUUACAUCACAAAUUUGUGUCACGCUGAUUCCAACAUCUGAAUUACAUUUAAGAUAUAGAACCAUAGUACCUAAAAAAUUCAAACCAGAUGCUGCAUUUUAUUCAGUUUACAUUGUUUGGAUUGGGAUCAACACUAUGUUUGACUCAGCCAUGUUUUCCUACACUAAAGGUCCUUUCACACUGGGACCGUUUUUGUCGUGCGAUUAUUUCGGACGUCAGUAUUUUUUUUCGAACCCGUAUCCUGUCAAUACAAACGUUCACAUCAGCGACGUUUUCCCGUCCUGCGAUAUUGGAUCACGAUCCGAAUACUGGAUUUCGGAUCGUGGUCGAUUUUUCCAAAGUUUCGCAUACUGUGUGUCCACUUUUGACCAAUCAGAUUUCGUGUUGUUGCGAUGUCUGAUUUACCGGUAUAUCCAACAUGGCUGACCGGCUAAUUGUUCAUGAUUGUUUACACACACAUUACAAAGAUAACGACCUGAAGGACAACUUGUGGAGAGUCAUAGCGUCGGAUUUCUCAUAUGACGAUGGUUUGUGUGUUUUAACAGUUUGCUAAAGGUCUUUUUUUUUUAACUUACAUCUGUGCUAACGUAAGCUAACGGUUGUUACCAUAGUUUCAUGUGCUUAUCCCUAACUAAUGAUUGGCUAAAAGUGCUGACCGUGUGGCUUGAGCGUGUGAUGACGUUUCCAGCUUUUCAAGCCAGUCAAAGGCAAAGGAGGCGGGACUGUCCCUGGCAAAAGUCUUCCUCAGGAUGCGUCUUUUCCCCCCCGGAAAGUUGCAAAAUUGCAUCGGGCUUAAUGUGUAUAGUCAGGCGCGUCAUUUUUUCGUCCUUCGAAUAUUUCGUAAUUUCGCGUUCUACAUUCAGGUCGGCCCCAGUGUGUAAGGACUUUAAGCCUUGUUUUAGUGGCCAUUGUCCAUUUAGUUAACCCUAAAUGCAGUCAUCCCUUUGUGGUCCACUUUUAUUGUGACUUAAGGUUAAUAUUUAAUCUUAAGGAAGAUGAUCAAACCUGAACAAAGACAAUGUAGAGAACGGCCCACCUACUGUGCCUAUUCAAAAUGUGAAAGUAUGGAAUUAAGAGGGCUGUACUGAGAUAUUUUGGUGUCCUUAAGUCCUGGGAAAAUUAAAUGUUUUUGCUUGUGUUCAGUUAAAAGAGUGUUUGUCUUAAGUUUUUUAUAUUGUGGUUCUUGGGUUGUGUGCUGUGUCUAAAUCCAUGAAAAGAAUGUAAUUGCAGGAUGAUAACAUUUUUCCUCUCCUCCCUCUUGGCAUGAUGAUCUCUUUCUGUCAGUCUUAAAGCUUAAGUACCCUGCUGUUUCUGCGUCUCUUUAUCUGCACCUCCUUAGUGUACAUCAGCUUUUGUCUGCAGCCAUGCAGGUAGAGUUGAAAACAUGCGACAUCAUUAAGCUCCCGCUCUGAUUCCUUUUUAUUUCCUCUUGAGUGAACAUCAAUAAAUUGUGGAGGAGUCUCCUUCUAGUUGGGGGGGCACUUUGAUUGACAGUCCCGUUUUGGGGGUCCAAGAGCAAGGCAUCUCUAACAGUAGGAGAUUUGAGGCCCUCACUGUUAAUCCCACAGUGCAAACAGUGGAGCUUCGCGCACGCAUGGCUGAGUCCUCUUAGAAAAACAGAUGGACUGAAGUUCCUCUCUUUGUCUCGCAUGAUUUUUUUUUUCUUUCUGGCGACUGGGAAGCCGAGUCUGCCUCUGUCGCUCACGUGCACGGCUGCGUUUAAUGUGGAAAACCCAAUGAGUGACCAUAAGGUAGAGGCAUGUUCGGUCACACAGUGUGUUGGCAUAUUGGCUAGUUAGCCUGAGUGCAUUGUUGAAGGAUGUUCACUUGAUGAUAUUUCUGUUUUUGCUACAAUGGAUGGAGAAAGUAGCCUUAUCAAAAAGUGCAGCCCCUACCAUCCACACCCUCAAACUAUCUGGUUAUCUGCCUGUGUGAGUCUCUUCUGUAUUAAGUUGAUAAAAUUAUCUCUGCGUCUGUUUCACUCGCUUGUUCUAUUGAGUUUCCUCCACAUGAAUUCGAUGAACACCUGUGUUUUUUGGGAGUGAAAGCAGACAGAAAAUCUCCUCUCGUCUUGUCAGUAGAUUUGCUCAUUAAAUGGUUGCCUCAGAUUCAGGCCAUUGUUUCUCUUGCCCUGGCUCAGUUUGGUGAUCAUUAAUAAUCAUUUCAUUUGUGCGUACAUGCACACGACUCGCACGCCUGCCUGCCUGCAUACGUACACGCACACGCGCAUACGCAUUCACACCGACUCUGUGCUAUUGCUGUAAAUAGACUGUUGAUUUAGUGAAGGGCUGAGAGGAGGAGCAGCUGAGGGAUUCACGUUUGAUUGCAGUGGGUGGGCUCUCAUCUCUCACCAGAGAAGACAAAGAACUUAGCCUGUGCUGUGCUGAGCUGUAUCAGCUCUCACACAAGAAGGUAGCCGUCACUUAACAGUAUAUCAGUUUUAAUAGAAAUAAAAUCUGAUUAGAAGAUUUUGAGAUGCAGCAUUAGCUUGGUAUUUUUUUUAGAUUUUUUAUUCAAGGUAUUGUCUCACUUAAUGCAAACACUUUACAUAGCAAAGAAAUUGUAUGCUUAAAAAAAUACAGAUACGAAGAUAGAAAAGAUUGAGAUUAUGAUCUCUUAUUAAAACCUGUGAAGUAUAAAAACAGACAGAUUUAACACAUUAGACUACCUGUUACAUUAUCACAUAAAUUUUAAUGUGAUACUCUUGAUUUUGACCUUUAGUUUUCAAAUCAGAGAUGAACCUGAUGUUUGGAUAGAGUUCAUUUACUCCCCAUCCACCGUUCUCUGAGUGCAGCACUUUACAGCUAGCAUUUCCAUGUGGACUUAAGUGGCUCUGGCGUUUGGGGCCAUUUGUCCAUUGAUAUGUAAAACAUGAAGCAAGGUUUUCCUCCUUCACAGACCGCACAUGCUUGUACCAAGUACUCCACUGGCUUUUUAAAGCUCGGCACUCCUGGAAAAGAUGGCUGGUAUAACAGCGGAGGAGAUGUUUGAAGCUGAGUUUUGGUUUGGAUACGACAUUUUGAAGUCAGAGCAGAGCAGGGACUCAAUUUGAAUGAGGGCGCAUGCACACGCUUUUCCAUGCUUAAAUUUUUUUUACCGUUAUGAUCAUAUAAUUCUGAUUUUGACCAGCAUCCUCUGCUGUGAUAUUGAACAUUUUUUGAUGUAUUUUGAGGUGCAGCAGUUGUUGAUCGAAAGUAAACACUAAAUUUGAGCAUCCGAGGGCCUGUAGACUUUGUCACACAUGUAAGUGAUUUCCUAACAGCGAUCAGUGAAGCUCAUGUUGUAUAUUUAGUGAUAAGCAGAGGUUGAAGCGUGUCAGUGUAUCUUGACCUAAAAAAACCCUGCAAAUCUCAAAAUUUCCUGAAUCUGUCAUAACUUCGUCUGAUGAGAACUUCACGGACAUCUGAACGUGCAUGUCUUUAAAAACAUGAUCUACAUCAUUUUGACUGUGUCAUCAGCUCAAAACGUGAGCUUGCACUCAGCUUUUCUGGCCUAGUCUUUAAAGGAUUAGAUCACUACUUGUGGAUAUUAGUUGUAUCACAUGUGCUUAAUCUGUUGUUGUUGUAUGUUUACCUACAUGCUACAAAGACCCCGGGUCCCAUGAGCAGAACUACACAGCCAGAGCAGAGAUCUCUAGUGUCCCCCCUGGGAAAUGGGCAGGAAAAAGGGGAAGUGAGAGCAGCUGGCAUGACCACAGGCCUCAUACUAUCAUACCAGAACACCUCUAUUCUGUUAUCAGAGCCAGCCAGGGCAGUCAUGAACAGCCAGGAGAGCUCCGAGCAAACAGAGCAUACACAGGGAGCAUCCUAGGGACUAGGAGCUUUUUUCAAAAUCAGAUUUUGAACCAUCAAUAACUGGCUGUGUGUUCUGCAUUACCUUGUAUGUCCUCAACUAGAGACGGAAGCAUAGUUUCCUAAUCAGUCAAUAGUUAAAGUCCUCACUACUUACAUGUAAGGAGCCUAAAGGAACCAAUAUCUGUGACCUUGGAGUUCUUCCAGACGCGUUACUGUUCGGUUUUAUCUAGGUAUUCUCCUUUUAAGCAUUCAUUUUCAAGCUUUCUUUUUUUAUAAUUUUUUUUUUCAUGAAGUAUUCCUUUUUUCAUUUUGCCACAUUGAGUAAGAGCAAUGUUUUUAAGUUAAUGACUGAAGUUGCAUUCCCUUUGAAUCACUUGCACCAAACCUAGUGUGAACCUAGUUCACCUAGUUGCAUAUUGAUUGUAAACAGACUAGCAGACAUAACGGAAAAAAAUUCAAAAAGGUUAGAGAGGUGUUUAAAGAUAUCUACUGUCAUAUCAGCAUUGUCAAUGAAAAAGUUGUAAUAAGAUGUCUGUAAUCUGGAUGAAUAAGCUCUUGUUAAAUUUAGCCUUUGCGGUUCAUUAUCUUUUUCCUGCCCUCUUAGCUCACUAUGUAUUCACAGGAUUAUCUAUCUCCUGAGUCAAUGAGCUAGGGGGGGUUCUGGUGGUUGAAAUGGUCGAACAAAGCUCUGAAUCUGCAUUAAAAUUGAAUAGAGAGAGUUGGAUUUAAUGAGCAAUGAAAGAAAGUAAACAGCAGUGGGAAAACGCCAGCCUCAGACUGAGAGAUGGAAAGAGAGUGUGUAGAGGAGUGGGUCAGUGGGGUUGGCUGGUGACGGCUGCAGGGGAGAACAGUGUUUGUUUGGUGUUGAGCUGAUUAAAUCACACUCUCGCAGCAACACCGCCUAUCACUCGCUCUGCCUGCUGUGGCAGGAUGGUUGCUGUGCUACACUAGCUGCAUCUGUUCUCAGACUGCUGAGUUUAGUGGAGGUCACACAGUAAUAAUCCCGCUUGGCUCAAUGCAGUGCGCUAAUACAUCGAAAGUUCAAUGCACAAACACUGGCAAAUUUGCACAGAGGCUGAGAGUUCGAAUGAAACGAUGCAUGAGUACAGAUAUGGAGGUGUGCUCGCAGAGACUGAGAGAGAUGAUUCGGGUUUGCUUUUGUAGUUAUAUCUUGGUAAUGUUUUUCUCGUAAUGAUUGUUUUCUGCUCUAUUUUUAUAAUCCAAGGCUGACUUCUCUUCUUAUCCAACUGUAGCUUCCUGCCUCAAGUAAGCAAGUCCUCAUUCCCUUUAUAUUUCGCAGUUAAUGCAAAUCAGCUCGUACAUUUCUUUACUUGUAUCUCUUACUGUGGAGGAAGCUACCCGCUGCUUACAUCCUGGACAGCUGCUAUAUUUCCUGCCUUUCAUCUGCAAGGCCUUUGAUUGUACAUUGUUGCUACAGUCUGCGAGUGAGGCGAAGAACACGCAAGAGAGGUUGCUCACUUCUUCAACUCUUGAGAAGGGUACAUUAGCAAUUUUCCUGUCAGGUUGUUUUCAUCUUGCUGUGGUUGGCAGGUCAUCUGUAGGUGGUGAUGCACUAGUGUAUGUUGAAACCUUUACCCCCUGGUCUUUGUUUUUCUCCAUACUUGUCUUUAAACAUUUUGAGCUCCUUUAUAGAAACCUGAAUGUGCAAAUUUGUGUUCUUACUCAAAGUUAAUCAGUAAAGGUGUUCCACAGGGCUCUUAACUCUGCCCCGUCCUCUUUUCUGUUUGAGAUGUUUAUGUUGGCUAUUAUUUCACUUAUCAUAGUCUGAUUUUGGUGAUGCCUUGACAAAUCUAAAUGUGAAUGACACAGAUAUAUAAUGGCCUUUCUGUUUCUGUUACUGCUCUGUUUUCAGCUGAAUAUUUUCCAUAUUUUUAACUAAAGCGCCUCAGAACAACACUACAUAUAAAUGUCACGUUUGUCAGUGAUUUCCAGUUAAUAUGGACUUAUUCAUUAAUAUGAUUUGUCAUGGAUUAUUCCUUACUAUUAUUACCUAUAGCUGAGCCAAACAUGGAUUCAGUCCAUUUUAUUUGCCUGUAAGCAAUCAGGCAAAAUCAUCAUCAUUGGCCUGCAGUCCAUGGCAAUGAUGUCAUUCUCACAGAUCUGCCUGCCAGGCCAGAUCAGCAUUCAGCAGGCUGAACUCUUUUCUCUCAUUAUCUCUGCAUCACUUUCUCUGCCUCUCCUCUGGCAUUACUCUCUCCAUGUUUCUUAUAUUUUUUCUUUAGUCUUUAACAGCUCUACAUACCAUGUCCUCAUGCUCUUUUCUUUGCUCUUUCUGCCCUUUGCUCUGUUGGCUGACCUUAUUCUACCCUCUCUUUUUAUGUUCCUCUCCCCUGAUGGGUAUUGAGAGUUAUGGACCAUUAUUCCCUUUCAGGCAGAAAACAAAGUGUGCUCUCCAAGUCACAAACACAAGCACUGCUUCUAAUAUUCUGUCUUUGACAAUUUUUCCCCUACUUAGUGCUGUUAUUCACAGCACUCAGUCUAUUCUCUUGCUCUGUAACCUUGCCCCUUCAUCAUGUCGGAGGAUUAUUUGAUUUGCUGCCUUUCCUGUUGUUUCGGACUAGUCUGCCCAGUACUGAACCUUGCUUUUUAAGGGCUUACUUGAAGCUGAAGGUAUCAGUAGGUGGUGAGAGUAUCAAAUGCUGAUAUGUAAAUUGUCAAAAAUGACUGCUUGAGUCUUCUUUUUAAAUGGGAUUUUUUAAGAAAGCGACUUCUGGAUGUGCAGUAUUUGAAGAAAUGCCUCAUUUUGUUGACACUGGAUUAUAAAAUUUAUUACAUCACCCUGGUUCCUCUUGCCAAAAAAAGAUGAGACAAGGAACUGCUGUGACACUAGCCAGUGUUUCACUUUGAGUAGAUCUACAUCCUCUGUCUCUGAAGAGGGAAACAUGCCAGCGUGAAUGCGACCGCAUUGUUAAACAGAAGGCUGUUUAUGACUCCCAAUCAUGUUUGUUUUCCAUUCUUAGAAAGAUGUUGGUCUGGAUGGGAUAUUUUGAUCUCGGGUCAGGCAGGGAUAGUGGCCUGAGUGAACCAGAAGGAAAACAAGACAUGUCUAGACCACAACUGUAAAUGCUAUUUAAUGUGUAUUUUUGCACUCGAGCCUUAAAUUGUCCCUUAUAAAUGAAUAAAUAGAAAAUAUUAAGCUUUAUUUUUGAAUCAACUCUGAUAUAAAACUGAAUGCAGGUGAGUGUUUGAUAGCCAGUAUGUCAUAUAAAGAAAGUCCUGCUGGUCAGUGAUAUCAACACAGAGGUCUUUUUUUCUGAGGCUUUCAGGGUUGUCUGUAAAAUUGGAUGUUCUGUGUGCAUGUUCCCUUGGAUUGAUCAGACUCUUUGUUACAGAUUAGAAAUGUAUGAGACAGGAUAUUGACCAGGCUCUAUUUACAGAUUACGAUAUAUUUAUACUAAUCCAAGACCAGGGGGAUGAUUGUAUAGUCAUUAAAGUGGGUUUAUUAAACAAGUAUAUGCAUAACCUUCAUCAGAACAAUGUCAGUAAGAGGUUAUUAGCUUGGAAUUAGACAAGAUCGGCAAAGAUGACAAUAAGCUACCGCAGGCACUCUGCUUCUCUUCAUUAUUUUCACUCAAUCUACUAAUUAAAAGCGUUGUACAUCAAUAAAUCAGGGGGAAUGCAUGGUGAACAUAUUCAUCAUGCAUUAUCCCUUAUUACUCAGCUAACAACUGGAGGCAUAAACAAACACAAACAUUGGUUCAGAGACAAUAUUAUUGAUUUGAAAAUAGUAGUCUCUCUGCUUCAGUGGUUGGAGGUGCAUUUACAGCAAUGCAUCCUAAUCCUCCUCUUGCUGCAUGAACAAACAUCACACUUGGCAUUUCAAUUAAUGGUCAAGAUAAAACACCAGUGUGCUCGUAGAUAAUCUAUGGACAUUUACAUUGAAUGCUACAUCAAACAAAGUGAAUGGAACUUCUGUAGGGAUAUUUCUAGAUUGCUUUUUUUGUUCUUCCACACUAAAGGUAACAUUAACAUUGUUGCUGUUAACACUAGAGUUUUUUUUUGUAGAGGUGGACAAAAGAGAUGAACUCACUCUGCUGCGGUUACCUCAAUCACAGUUCAGGAUCUUGCUCCUCUUUUCCCUGUCAGAGAUAGUUGGGGUCAAAUAGCUCCUCUGGCAGCUCCUUUGUCUUUGCCUGCUUGCUGUUAUUAUUUACUCCCCAGCUCUCAAGAUAAACCUAAGAGAGGAGUUGUAUGGCAUAGCUGUGCUCCUCAAGAUGUGGCAGGUGUAUCUCCAUGACAGUCCGGCUGCUUGGCUGAUAUUAGGUAACAAUAUAGAUAUAGAUCCACAAGAAUGCCACAAUUCUUCUGUCAAGUAAUCUGAAGGUGGAAGGGGGCAAAAAGAGGUAUACUUUUUGAAACAGGCUACUGGACAGUUAGCAUCAACUGUUUUCUAUGUAUGGAUUCUUGGCAUCUUUGUACUUUUUGGCUUCUGCGUUUUGGGAAACUAAAGUAUUCAUUGCUGAUGUCGUCACAUUUCAAAAUAAGGGUCUCUUUUUAGGUCCCAAUUUCCUGUCAUGCUUCGACUUGCCAGAUGCAAUUACACUUCAAACCACACUCUCCAGACCAGACUGCGUGCUGUGUUCGGACACAGAUCUGCAGCUGACUUGAGGGGGAUGGUGCUGGCUGGCAUCUUCUCCGUUUUUGCAAAAUUUUAACAACAAUUUUAACAAACAGCCUUCAUUGCUGUGUAACUGGCUUCGGCCACCAGUGUUUUGAACAGACGUGUAGAAUGAUGGUGGCACCAAAUGAAGGUCUUGCACUCCUGUAACUGCUCAGGUCUGUUUAUGUUUUAUUCUCCUCCAGCCAGUUCUUUAACACAAGUCCAUACUAGUGUGUCAUGUUUGUUUCUCUUCUUCAGUUUGGCCCACCUCUUCUCUGCUUAGUCAAGCUGCCUAAUUUCUCUCCUCUUAUGUUAUCUGUGCUGUUUUCUUCUCGUCAUUUUACUUGAUGAUGACAAAACAGUAUUUUUUUGUGUUUUCCAAAUAAACUUAGGGUUAUAUUGAACUUCUUCAUUGUUGUUCAGCCUUCAUGUCAGGAGCCUUCCCUCCUUCCUCUCUGUAAGUCUUCCUUGUCCUCUGACAACAACGUUAGUGUUGUUGACAACCCGUUGAACUCUUCAAGCUUAGCAAAGUGCGCGCAAGUUUUUGGCUUGUAGUUAUGUGGGAGGGGCUUCAUCGUGUCAUUUGAGGCUGCAGAGAGGGUGAUGUAAGGUCUUGAAAUAUUGACAGCAAUAAUAUUGAAGUACCUAAGCAUGAAUAACAUUUAACACUUGUGAUGAUUCAGGUCAUUGAGCGUCAUGUUGAUGUGCAUGAAACCACACUGCAACACCCAGUGUCUUUUAAGUGAUCUCGUCAGUGAUUCGGAUGAAACCAGUUUGCAUUUCCAGUGUAAUGAGUCAUCAGGUCAACAAAUGUUUCAGCACAUAGCUAAUUGGUAUAUAGACUGUAUCUCCUACCUAUUCAGAGCAUUCACUUUAUUUGGUUUCUGACUGGCUGGCUGACAGGUUGCUUUUUGAUUCAACUUUAAAGACAGUGUGUUGAAACUGGAAAAUCAAGUGUGCGGCCACUCAGCAAAUAGAAAAAUGCAUAUGUUAACAAGUUUGUUCGGUCUCUGCUACUGUAAAAACAUGGCAGUGCGAGAUGGUAGCCUCAGCAUGAAAGGACCUGCUCUUAUGUACCUAUAAAAGGCUUAUUCUAGUUUAAACAAUUUUGUAUUUUGUGUCCCACUAUCCUUUAAGAUACAUCUUCCAUCUGUCAGACAGUUGAGGAUUUACUAGCUUUUCCAUGAACUCUUGUGUUUUAACAGACCUGCCAAACCUCUUCGUAAAAAGGGUGGAAGCUGUUGCUGACAGUGUUUAGGAGCCUUUGGUCUUUUGGUGGAUAAGACCAUUGCUUUCUUGAUGAGUGAAGGAUGUCCUUUGAAAGUGAAUUAUUAUGUUGUGAAUGGCUUAAGUAAAGACAUACAACAGAGGAGAGAGCGAGAGUGUUAAAGCUGAUAAUAAGGCCAACAAAGACCACACCGGUGUGAAGAUGAACGGUUUUUAAAGAGGAUGUCAUUAGGUGAGGUUUGGUGGAAGAUAUUGGCCACUCUUAAACUUUGAAGCAAAUGAUAGUUUGUUUGUAACAGAGGAAGGUUCUCAAGCUAACCACAGAAUCCUGUAACCUGUCUGUGUUAGCACAGUGUCAAAAAGGUAAAGCUUUUUUUUCAGCAAAACCAGUUCUUCUCUUGCUUGAACAGCCAGUAUAGGCAAUGUCAAUUAGCCUGCGGCAUAAUCAGUGUGGAUUCAACCCCAUUAAUAGCUUAUCUCCCACCCUGCCUCACUGCUGUGUUCUAUAACAUAACACACACACACACACACACACACACAGCUCAUACCAUCCCCCUCCUCAGCUUUGCUUCCCUCUCACGUGUGGACGGACACACAUUCACUCACACAGCAGCAUUUUCACUUCAUGCAUAGAUGUCCUCAGAUGAAGGGCACAGUUUUGGGCUGCCGAAUGUAAAACUCAUUUCUUUACUUUGACUGUAAUCUCUUGUCUUCUUGAGGGUAAGUUGUUGUUUAGCUAGCGUGCUUUAUAAAAAUGAGUAUUGUCUCAGUGUUAGUGGUCACUCAGUUUGCUCAGACUUUGCAUCAGAAUGGCUCCUUGACUCCUACAUGAGAGAGAACAGAGAGGUUCCUCUUAUAUCUGACAAUGACACAUUUCCUUGCCGGAGCCAGCAACUCAGUCUGCUCAUCGCAGACUCAACCCGUGCUUAAAAUAACCCUUUGAUUUAACCCUUUGGGGGUCAGUCUGCUAAUGGGAUACACACUCAAUCAGGAUUGACAAGCCAGCUGCUACUGUGUGUCAUGGAAAACUGAUUUUUAUCCUGUCUCUUGUACCUUCAGCCUCUCAUGUACUCACUCAGUCUCUCAUUUUGCGGUAUUUUCAUCUCUAUCUUGUUUAUUUUCAUUCCAAGUCUCUCUCUCUCUCUCUCUCUCUCUCUCUCUCUCUCUGCUUCACUUUUAUUUCUAGCGCUUCUUCCCUCUGCUCACAUGAAAGAGAGAAGAUUUCUUUGUGAUGAUUUUGCGUUAGCUCGGAGAUCAGACAUGACCAGAGCGAGUGUACAUUACAAGCCCAUAGCUGUAAUGUUAGGUUUGCAAUAUGAUAGACUGAAUAGAAACAAGCUAAUGUGCUUUAGGGUUUGUUAUUAAGUCAUUACAUCUGCUACUGGAGUUCUUGUGGAGAAUGCUGGUUCAUUAUUUCCUCCUCUAGCCAUAAUAAGAUCAUAUUGGUAAUAAGUUUGGUCUUAUAUGUACUGGGCUGGUAAUAGGUUCAGAGCUUGAUCACAUAACAACACAUGAACAUGAUAGCGAUCACAGGGCCAGAAGGCUCGUUUUGAAGUACCAGAAUUAUUUAUGAUGCAUUGUAUGAGGAAAUCUAGUGUUAUUUUGGUUCAUACAUCACAAUGAAGUCUUAGCAUCUGUAUGCCAGUGGGACUCGCACUCACAACUUUGUGUUUGAGCAUCUUGAUAUUGAUUUCAGGGAUAGAUACUGAGAUUUAUUAUUGAACUUCAAGAAGUCAGUCAUCGGCAAUAUCAUUGGCCUGAUGUUUUCCAGGACAACGUCGGCUCUCUGGCUUAUAGCAGAGCGACUUCAUUUUAUUGGAGUAGUGCACAGCUCUUCAGUUACUUUAUUUGCAGCCUCGUGGGAUCAGAGAGAUUUGUUUCAGGCACUGAUCAAAUGACAUCAAACUAAAGCAUAAGAUUGUGAUACACUUUUAAACAUAAGUAAAUGUUUUUUUUCUUCUACACCCUUUAAGGUGUUCCUUAUCAGGGUCAAAGGGAAUUAUCCCUCCUGUGACCUUGUUCUUGCCUACUUUACUGCAUGACAAAUAAGUAACCUGAAUAAGUAACCAUUACAAUUUUAUUUGAAAUGAGACACACGUGUAUCUACUUGUAUUUAUGUUUGUUAAAAUAAGGUGUUUUUGUUGAAGAUGGUGGGACAGUGUCGGCUUCAGUUUCCUUUUGUUCAUCAGGCGGCAGCUUCAUCAAAUACAGCUAUAAUCAAAGGUAGAUUUCUAUGAAUCAUGGGUGGUUUGUAUGGUAUUGUAUUCAUGAAAUGCUGAAACAGGACAGGGUUGUCAUCAGUGAGAGCUGCAAGGAUAACAUAACCUCUGCUUUCUCUCCAAGGAGGCAGGCUCCUGUAUUUUGUUUCCAUGUGUGGACUUGUGUUUUAUAUCCGAGGGGAUUAUUCCAGAGUGACAGGUGGAAGGAGGCCUGUAGCAUGGGUGAAUAUGAUCUACCGGCUGGUGUGAGUGUGUGCAUGAUUUUGUUGUUUUUGAAAUCUGUGGCUAACAUACCGCACAUUUAGUCAGGGAAUAUUAAUUCAGUGUGCUGAAUGACGAAUUGGCAUAAAGCUAUCUAUUGUCAUCGAAAAUGACUCUCCAGGACUUGGGGUCAGAUCAGAAUCCAAGUGUAAUCUCUCUGCAUUGAUUUGUUUUCAUUAUCUGUCAGAAGCUAUCAUAUCUUUUUCAUUUUCAGAGCUCUGUAUAAAAUGAGUGCAUGAUGUUCGGUAGGACAGAGGAGAAAGGUCAGACUCUGCCUCUGUCUCUGUAUUCUCGGCUUCAAAGCAUGUGAUGGUGUGUAACUCUUGAAACGAAUGGGCGUAAAUUACCGUUUCAGAGAGGCCAAAUUGUUAGUGACCUUGGCUAUUAUUCAAGAAUUUUCCAUUUCUGUAGUCCCUCAGGUUGUGGUAGUUUUCUCUAUGCAGACGUAGGAAGACAUUUUCCUUAACUGCCUUUACAGCAUCGAGAGCAAGCACGAAGUCACCAUCCUGAGCGGACUCAAUGAAUUUGUAGUGAAGUUUUUCGGACCACAAGGAAGUAAGUAUUUGUCUUCACACAUCUAACAACAAAAAUUUUUUAACAUGUCCUAAAUUGCUGCUGAAUAUCUGUCGAGGCUCUGUAAUAUAUUUCCUGAAAGUGGAUAAAGAAUUUAGGUCAUCUUUUUGUCCCGGUUACUAGAUUUAUUGAACAUGUGAAGAAUGUUGCUGUGUUUGCCACAGGGAUCCCAAAUGUUCUCCCAUUAUUUCAGCUUCUCUGGCAAGUGUUUCACAUUUUUAGAGCCCCUGUGAGGAAUUUUAAGCUGAUAACGAAGCAGACUAAAAUUAAUUCUGGUGCCUUUUUUUUUUUUUUUUUUUUUUGACCUACAGCAGUGACAACAUUGGGCUUCGUUCACUAGCUUUUCUUAGGAAGACAUUUGUUCUUAAAACUGACUUAUUUUGUAAUCAAUAAGAGCCUAAUAUUCGCUUCAGCUUUCUAUCUACAAUUUGUUCUCAACAUUAAGAUCAAAAUCAGAUUUGUUUUAUUGGUAGGUGUGUCAGCUUAAGAUCCAAAAACACUGAAUAUUAAACCAUUAUGUACAAGAUCACAGCCUGUUAUAAUGGUGUCUACAAUUUCAACUACAGCAUUUAUCACCUACGUUUCCAUAAGAGUCAUGAGGAAUCUAACACAUCUUCAAAUGAAUUGUCUAAAGAAUAAAAAAAUAGGUGAUUGUAGCUUUUGAUGUCUGAGACACUUGUCCCUUCAGAUUUAAGAUCAGACAUUUCUGUUGUUUUCAUUCAACUUCAUCUUGUGCGCACCUUCCUCUUGGCUACAGCGCAGAAUUCCUGAUGUCAGCCCUCUCUGAAUGAAUGGUAUUAUCAAAUGUAUCUGUUUUUAUGUCAAAUACUGGUGUUCAUUCAUAUAAUGAAACUAGGGGUGUCCCAAUACCACUUUUUUACCUCUGAUACGAUAACGAGAGCCUUCAGUAUUGGCCGAUACCGAUAUUGAACCGAUAUUAGCACAAACUUUUGCAUGACAAGUUUUGCACUUUGCCGCAACAUCUUUUUCGGACUUGAAUGAAAAUACUGCAACAGGGCCGACAUCACUUGUACUUCUUGCUACUUUGUCAGAACCAUAGUACACACUGUUGUUUACAUCACAUGGGCUCUACAUGCUGGAUCCAGGUGCUGCUAGAUAGAGUCUGGAAUGGACUGCUUCUAUCGAAGUUCUGAUAUCAGAGAUUUUGAAUGCAGGCCAAUAUAAUCAGAUACUCGAUUUUUUGCUGAUAUCGGACCAAUAUCCGACAUCAUUAUCGUAUCGAGACACCCCUAAAUGAAACUAAUCUGCCUUUUUGUGACUACUUCCAGCAGCUCUACAGUGUGCAGUCAGUGAUUUCUUUUGCUACGUCUUUGUACUUUUCUUUUGAAUUUUAUAUGUGCACACUGCUCAGACAGCCUUCUUUACAUUUCCCAUGACAAGGAUUCUCAUUAAGUCAGAUAUUUGACCUUUAAAAGACAGCAGGGUGAGAUUGGUGGUUAAAAACACUAACGGGAUUAGAGGUGUCAAUGUCCACAGGGGGCGCCAUAAUCAGCAUGAACUUUAAUGUUAUCACAGGAGCCUAAAAACUGUUUAAAAACCCAGAAGAUGACUCGAUAAUCAGUCCACAUGUGGUGUUUGGUCAAAUUCUAAACAGACCAUAAAGUGAUAUUAAUGUUCCCCUGAGGGCACCCAGCUCAGGAAUCUGUCAUCCUCCGGUUUGCAUCAUAAAGAGAGGUUCCUCACAGCAGGCCUGGAACGUACAAAGGGUUCAAACCACCCCUGAGGCCAAAAUGUCUCAAAAUCCAAGGAUCCAGGCUGGAGGGGAAUCUGGACGAGGAGCGCAGCCUCAUCAACAGGAAAUACUUCUUCUGCCUGCAACAUCUGUCGUACUAAAACCACUGCCACUUACGCAUCAGUAAAGAGAGGAAGUGGGUGUUUGACCCCGUUUAUGAUGCCUUGUAACGAUGCCAAAUAAAAUGGGAUUGAUGCCUCUCCUCAUGCGCUUGAGUGAGCACGCUUGCCACCAUUCAUCCUUAAAACAAGCGUGUUUUCAGUCAUCUUUGUGCUGUUGAGUAUGAGAAUGGCACAUAAGGCUCUUGUUACACAGCUAUUUUAAGAAAGCACCUCAUACUCACACUGUCUCCUCCUCUUUGAUGUCAGUGUAUCAUACGAAGUGAAGCGGAGAAUUCUCAUGGGCUGAAAAACAUUACUGCAUAAAAUAAAAGAAAACCGGGAAGGAAAAUAGUGUGUGCCGCUUUUUCUCAAGUGGCCAUUCUCUUUGUUGUGUUUGUGACCAAAGGAGAAAGAAGUGAAGAAAAGAUACAGGCCUAUAUUUUCAUGAACCAAUGUAAGCACACUAUGAAUAAGAUAACAGCUGUUUUUCCCCUCUUUCAUGCAGCACCGUACGAGGGAGGCGUGUGGAAGGUGCGAGUAGAUCUCCCCGACAAAUACCCUUUCAAAUCGCCAUCAAUAGGUGGGCUCUCUUAUCAAAUAGCAUAUUUUGAUUUUACUUUUAUUUAAGCUCCAUCUUAAUAUAUAUAUAUAUUUUUUAAAUGUCUCUAACUCAACUUUUCUUUCUUAUUUUUUUAGGAUUCAUGAACAAGAUUUUUCAUCCCAACAUUGAUGAAGCGUAAGUUGAUGUUCUUCUUGUGUUCUGAUGUUUUUAACCGGCCUCCAACACACCAAACCAGCAGUGAUUUUUAUCAUGCAUUUUAAGCUUAUUCGUUUUUUGAAAUUAACAGCUACAAACAUGCGAUUGCUGUUUAAACUUUUAUACGAGUCGCUUGAAAAUCAGCAGCUCAGCAGAGCGCUGCGUUUGUGAAGUCCAUUAACCCACGGCUUAAAGGCCACUUCCUGUGAAGGACACAGUGUGUGAGGGCUGGUCUCUGGGAGGACCUGAUGGACAGGCUGAACCUGUGCCACCUCCUCCCCAAAUGAGACAGCCUCAAAACACGAAGAAUGAACAUAAUGAUGCAUUCAAGGUGGUUCCCCUUCAGCAAGAGUGAUAUUUAUCACCAGGAAAGUGGCUGGAGGUGUAACAAAUGUAAAUGAAAGUGGUGCUCUGAGGCAAGGAGAUAAAUAGAGAAAUGAAUGACAGUGAUGAAUUGAACUUUGUUUUUUGUUUUUAAUCUGUCACUGCCAACAUUUUACCUGCUUCCAAGAGCAGCCGGUGGUGUUUGUGUCAACCCUUUCACCUUUUCUCUUCUCGGUUUCCCCAGGUCAGGGACAGUGUGCUUAGAUGUCAUCAACCAGACAUGGACAGCCCUUUAUGGUGAGUCUCCGCUCAGUGUAUAUGCCCAUAUUGAGUUUCCCUACAAGAGUCCUGUGUGCUUAUGUGCAAAAGAACUCAACACGGAGCCAUCGGCACCAAAAAGUUCACUGCGGGUCCCUCGCUGCUAGGACAUGUAGACACAUUAGGCAGUUGUGCACAAUUGUCCCUAAUCUACUUAGUGAGGAGGGGGGGUAGUGCACACUAAUGAGGUAAUACCCUCACUCAGCAAGGUCAGAAAACGUUCACCUCCGACAGGAAUGAUUUACUGUCCGUCAGCUGUGAGAGACACUGACAUGCUGUCACAUAUCACACCCAGCAGAGAUUGAACUCACCGUUUCUUGCCCAGUUUUUUUUUUUUUCCUGUGCUGUCACUAUGUCUCUGUCUCACUGCUGUCCCAGCACCAUUCCCCCGAUUUCCCAUCAUUAAUUUCUCAUUACAGCCCCUCCACAGGGGCUGACAUAGCUGUUGAGCUAAACAAAUGACUGUACAGUAAUAUCCCUAACAGAUGUUUCAGCAUCCAGCUCUAUUUAUUUUAAACGCUGUCUUGACUAUGACUCUAGGGAGGAUGUUAAAGACCCUAAAAUGUGUUGAAGAGCUUGAUAACUCCUGAUUGCAGUGUUUUGCAGUUGUUAUUUUUACCUUGUCCUAUACAUGAGAAACUUAUAGUAUGUUGGCUUUGGAAAAAGUAAAUGAGAUUGGACAAUGAUUGAGGGAAAAGUCCAAUCAGCCUGCCAGUCUGUGAGAGCGAGACAGAACAAAAGCACUUGAUUAAAUCAGCUAAAUCUGAUAAAACAGCACAAAAGACUAAAGGAAAGUGUUUGUUUUUCCAGCUUGAAUGGACUCUACGGUGACACCUAGGAGAUGAGAGCAGCAUUACAGGUUUUUCUAGUAGGCCUCAGCUCUGAGAGAAAGCAGAGGCCUACUCGUAGAGAGCUAGUGAAAGGGAUUAGUGUCUCUUUGAGGCCAUCAGACUUAGGAUUUUAUGUUUGCGGUCUUGCUGCUCGCAUAUUUCACCAACCUUACUGAUUCUUGUGUACGGUCAUCAGCGAGUGAUGUGUGGAAAUUGAUUAUAAGCUUUCCUCCGGCCAGUUGAGAGAGGAAGCAAUUUAAUACGACAUGUAUAAUUGGCAGAGUAUUGGUUUGGAUAAUUGUCUGAUUACUCAUUUAGUUCAGAUGGUGAAGUGUUAAUCUGUCCUCCUCUCCUCCAGAUCUGACCAACAUAUUUGAGUCGUUCCUGCCGCAGCUGCUGGCUUAUCCGAACCCCAUCGACCCCCUGAAUGGAGAUGCAGCUGCCAUGUACCUUCACCGGCCUGAGGAGUACAAGCAGAAAAUCAAAGGUUUGGAUCCCACACUCCAGAUAUUCUUUCAACACGUGUUAUCUUAUCACUCUUCAUUUCUGGUGGAUUUGGCUCAAUUUUCUUUCUCUUUCCUUCUAGAGUACAUCCAGAAAUAUGCAACAGAGGAGGCUCUGAAGGAGCAAGAAGAGGGGGCAGGCGACUCUUCAUCCGAAAGCUCCAUGUCUGACUUCUCAGAAGACGAGGCCCAGGACAUGGAGUUGUAGUGAUAGGAGGGCUCCCCCAUCCCGCCCCCUCCUUUAACCCCCCACAGAGACUAUAUUUGAUUUCCUAACCAUGAGAAAAAGCAGACUUAUAAUAUUCAUAUUUAAACAAGUUGAUUUUUUUAUUAUUAUUAUUACUACUAAACAAGGAUUUUUAUGGAUAUCUAGCCUUUUGGUGUGUUUGACACCCCUCCCAUUCUGUAGCCGUUUCUCCCUACACAGACGUCGCGAUUGCUCACACAUUCUCUCCCCCCUGUCAUCGCCGCAGUUUGAAUGUGCGUCAUGUAGUUUUAAAGGCAGGAAAUCUCUCCAUGAAAAGUCUCACCUUUGCUCAGUUUCUCUUUUUGAAGUACAGUUUUCCAGUGAGGCCUGGAUUAUCAAAUCUUCUUUCUUUUUCCACUAUGCCUAUUCUCUCUGACCAACAUUUUAUAAGAUCUUCCACAACAAACAGAUCUGCAGAGGUUUGCUUGCCAGAGUGUACAGCUAUAUGACAUAACCAAGGGGGCAAGAAUGUAUUUUAAAGCGCACAAUCACACAUAAGGUGCAUUAGCACACAUAGCAAAGAAUUAAGGAACAUUUGUGGCAAUAUGCACCUAAAAUCAACGCUGAAUGUUUCCUCGGCAGAUCUUUUUCAUUAUAUUGAAUGAGACAUGCCAGCAAAGAGUAUUCUUUAUUUUAACUGCUGCCUUGACUUGUUACUUAAGUUAUUGUUACUCUUUUUGGACCUGCUGCAGCUGCCUGUCAACAUGUAGGGCUGUGCAGUGCAAAGAAAAAGGCUUAAAUAUGAAGUUAGGUCUUCGGAAACGAAUCAUUUCAAUGCAUGUCUCAUUACAGGGCAAGUUACAGUGUGGUGACAAAGAUAUGCAAGAUGCUUUUAGUGUUGAUUUGUGAAACGUACACGUGUUUUUUGUGGAGGUUUCGGUCAGAUUCAAGAGGUAUAAUGGAAACUGAAAACAGAGCAGAGCUGCCCUUUAACCAUUUGACCAUAGAAGUUUUAUAUUUCAGAAGUGUGCUCUAGUUUUCUGUCAGGAUGCACUCGAGCGACAAACAUCCUCAUUUUGCAUCUUGCAUUAUUUUGUAUCUUAAAACAAAUUUCUAAUAGUGUUAUCGCUUGAGAUAUACAAAGCAGAGAACGAAUGUAAGAAUCACCUUUUGUGGUAAUUUAAGAAAAACCAGCAGCAAAUUUAGGUUCGAUUUUAGUGAAAAGCAACAAAAAAUGGUCACAUGGUUAUCAAGUAGAUCUGAAUAAAGUUGAACUGAUUGGUGUAAGAUUCAGGUCUGUGUAGCGUCAGUCCUCGUCACAUUCCACAUUCUGUUACCUGGAGUUUGCUCUGAUGCAUGCCCUUCAUUUUUGGUCUCACCUGUGAUAUGCACCCCCAGCUACAUCACCUGGACUUUCAUACUUUACGUCUACCUAGAUGUGGUCGCUACUUCGAAGAGGAUUACAAAAUAAGAGCCAAAUGUGUGACAAUUAGGCUUGUAGCAGCUUUUUUGUUUCAGGGGAGUUGGUUUAAAUUUAAACUCAAAUGUACAGAUUUGAUUCUCAUCAAAAAACAACUCUGAUUUGUUUUGAAAGAAAAUGCAAUCGCCGCUUUGACUUCUAGCUGUUUUUUCCUCCUUGUACAUUUUUGCCCGAUGGGGGGGUCAACAUGUUUGGAUUUUCUUUUUCUUUUUUUAUGUACAGCAUCUACCUUGUACAGUGCUAAGACACCUCUCUGUAGCCUCAUGAAAAACUCAACCUAAAAGAAAAAAAAACACUGGCUGAGUGAUGCUUUGUUGAGGCUGAAGUUGCAGUCGAACUACCUAGGAAACCUUGAUAUGUACUCACUUCAUAGAUUGCAGUAAGAAUCACUGGUUGCUUUGUGGGCAGAUUGUGGAUCGUACCCAGGAGGUUCCCCCCUUUUAUCACCUCUGAUUUCAGCUCCCUCUUCUGUGCCUCAUCACAAAACGACUGUGACCAUUGGAGAAGUCCCCUGAAACCAUGUUUUCCAAAAAGCCAUGACGCUCAAAAAAAAAGCACAUUGAUAUCACUCAUCCUACUUUAAUUCUUCUCUUCCUGCAAUUUGAUCCUUACCCCGGACUGAGUGGCAUUUCUCUGAGAUAAUGCAGGAGUGUUAGACUUUUAACGGCUCAGGUUUGGUUGUAUCUUGCAUUGUGAUUAACAUUUUCACCCGGGAAGUACUGAAAGGCUGGAAAUCAUGCUACUAUUUGUUAAACUGUGCUUUUUACAUGUCAGGAUAGUUAGUUUUUCUGGGUGUUGACUUCCACUAAACAUCAUAUGCUACUUUAUAUGACCGUAUUACAGAUAGAGUGUAGCUAGUUUGGUACCUGAUAAAGCAUUCAUUGCUUACCUGACUUUUUAGUUAGUGUCUGUUGUGUGGUUUAAAUGUAAGAUACUCCAUAGACAUGCCUGCUUGUCGUCGUCUUCUUGCAGAUUCAAAGUUGUACAGAUGAUUGUGAGGGAAACCAAACGAGGGUGGUGUUUGACAUGUCGUGAGCCUGAUGGAUCUAACUGUACAGAAAAAAAAAAGUGUGGUGUAAUUGCCCUUUACAGAAGAUUGGCUUUAACCCAAAACGUAAUAUAUCAUAAAGAGCAGACACGCCUCCCUUAUUUGUUUAAAUGCCAGUAUUUAUCUGAUGAGUUUGACUGUUUAAAGCUAUGGGAUUAUAAUUCUUAUCAUCCAGCCUGGGCAAAGUUGUCACUGUUAGCUCAGGGUUAGCUUUCUUGUGCUAACUUGUGAUGUUGAAUGAAGGCAGUAUAAAGCAUUGUGAAUGUUUCACCUGAGUGUGUAUGAGCCAUAUCCACUCGAACAAAACAAACCUGCUAACUCUACAGAUUCCUACCUUGACUUUUGCCCCCCCCCCCUUCUCCUUUAGCUGCCUGGAAAUGUGUAUUUAUUCAUUACUGCGGAGAUCUCCUUUUUGUUUUGGUUUUAAUCUUUGUCACUAUUAUCCCGUUUAAUAAUUCCUAUGAUGACAAUUUGAUCUUGAGUUUUUGUUUUAAAAAUUCAGAUUGGAGUUCCUGUUUUACUUUACAAUUGUGCAGUAUUCUACCAGAGUGCUUAAACACAGUAUAUCCUUGUAAAGAAUUGUAAUAAAAUGGCACAUUAUGAUGCAGUGCUGCAACAGGGAUAGUGAUAUUUUUGUCUCAAGAUUCUUGUGUUAGGGUAACAAUCUUAGGUUUGGUUUUUUCAGCAUUAUAUGCAUCUGAUGGGCAAUAAAUUGAUCAAAUGCCAAUAAUUGUCAAGAGAAAUACUGACUGCUUUUGUGUUUCAGGUUGCCUUCACUUCAUUUAAGAGCUCUAGAAAAGGAUUAUGCAACUCACUGCGACUUAAAUCCUAAAUUACGUUUGGGAAAAGUGUGGAAAAACAUGUUUACUGUGAUUUUAUUUAUAUAACCGUCUUUUAGGCCUCCUUUCACCUCUCUGCUUCAGUAACAAUGUUUGACCACCCACAGUUUUAAACAGCAACUCCAGACAACCACGUUAGGAUUCAGCGGUCCUCAAAAUACACAAUUCAGAAGUCCAGACCAGACCCCCAUAACUGCACUCACACUCCCCCACACCCACUACUCGCUGGAUACAAUAAAGAUGAGCACUGGUCUAUCAUUAAUCCAGAGGCAGCACGUUCAGGGUCCAUUCUCCUCUUUUUUUUUUAUUAUCAGCACAGCUGCAGAGAGCCAGCACCCUGAUCCUGUAAAAUCACCUCCUCCUCCCUCCCCGUGUGUUGACUGUGUCCUCUCGUGCACUUGCAUGCUUCUGGUGUGGAGUGGAGGCUGGCUUGGUGCACACCUCUCCUCAUUCUGUCUUGUGCUUGUGUGGAUUUGUGCCCUUUGCAGGCCUACUGCUGCCAUCAGGGGAUUAAGCAGGCACACACAGCAUGGAAAAAUGGCAGUUCUUUUUUUUUUUUUUUUUUUAAAUAGAAAACUAUGUAUUUGUUACCUAGUGUGUGAUACUUGAGGGUUAAAAAGUCUAAUGUUUUGUUUUUUUUCUUUUUUUUUCGGUUGUUUUGAAAAGUCCAUCCUCGGUCUUAUUUUUAUCACCCUCUCUGCCCUCCUUCUCUUGUUUUUUCUUUGCAUUGUGAAGUGGGCAUGCUUGUCAUAAAAAAGACAAAAUGCUCUCUAUUAAUAGGCUUAUAACCUCAUAAAUAGUUGUGUAUAAAAAACUGUUAUAACUUCUUUUUUAAUAAAACAUUCAAUGUGUAUAAAUGG